AGCACACACCCUUCUGAAAGCAGUAGUAGGCGGUCAUCUCUCCAGCAGAUCAGUAACUGUAUGCUCUUACGGUGACUUCAGGGUCAGAGCACAUUGUGUCGAUCUCAGGAGAGGUUUUAGGUCAGAUUAUCUGAUGGCGCUGAUGAUCCGUUAGGGUGUUUUGACUUUGCUCAUAGCAUCUGAACACAUACUGUAGUAAAGCAGGAGAAUCACAAACAUUCACUUUCCUCUUUACUUGCUCACCAACAUCUAUGAAGGAACCAGAAAAACUCUGAGGAUCUUCUGUCUGCAGGGCUCAGGUUUGGUGUCAGGUGGUGCAUCAUCGAUCGGUUCUUGAUCCCAGGCCUGUGACGUGCAGCAUGGCCGAGAAUGGAGGUGUUGAUGAACGGCGACCUCAGGUGUUUGUGGUGAGCAGUCAGACUCUAGACGUCCCAACCCCACCCCAUCAUGUGCACGAGAAGCUGAAUGCCCAUCGGUUUUCCCUCAUCUACCUGCUGCUGGGUGUCGCUCUACUGGGCGUCUUUAUUGAGGCUGGACUCAUCUUUCAUCUCUACAGCAGACUCCAGUCACAGGUGCCACCGGAUAAUCAACAAAUGGAAUAUAAAGCAGACAAGCACUCAUCUCGAAGUGGAUCACUGGAUCAUAAUGAAAUUUUUCCUAAAAAUCAAGACCCUGAAGCUGAGAGCAAACCCGCUACAUUCCUACAGUAUAAAAAGUCCUCAAAGGAACAAGAAACCAAGGUGUUGCACUGGACGCAUAAUGUUUUCCCAACGUUUUAUACCAGUCUGGACAUCAAGAACAACUCCGUUCUUUACAUCCAACAGGAGGGAGUUUAUUACAUAUUUUCAAAAAUCUUCUACAACACGAACAGUUUUCUGAAACAUCAGGUCAUGUACUGCACAGAGAGAUACUCCAAUGACAUGGAGCUGAUGAGUUCCAGGUAUUUUUCCAACCCUCACAAAGGCCAGCCGAUGGAAUACAGCAACAGUUACCUGGGGGGAGUAUUUCAGUUGUAUAAAGGUGACAGCGUCUUUGUUAAGGUCAAUAACGUCUCACUGCUGUAUGGGGAAACUGCUGAGAACUUCUUUGGUGCCUUCAAGAUCCAUUGACAUCCAUACUCUUGACACACACACACACACACACACACACACACACACACACACACACACACACACACACACACACACACACACACACACACACACACACACACACACACACACACACACACACACACACACACACACAGUUUUUAAAGGUUCUCAGUACAGUUUAAGAUAUUUUGUAGAUUCUGAUUUUUUACAGUUACUUUCCAUAUAGCAAGCAACCAUUGAAACAAUGUUAAAAACUGUUGAUAUGUUAUUGUGAAUCUUAUUGAAUCAAUAUCACGUUUGCAACCUUUGUUAAUAUUGAGAAAAAUAGAAAUUUCAACAAACCACCAUGAUGGUGAUCAGUGUUUGCUUUAGUUUAGCAUUGUGUUUUAAUCUUAAGUUUUCUUUGGCUGUUGAAGCAGUGUUUCUGUUAUUUAUUUAGAUCUUAUUUACUAAGAUCUACUGUGAUUAUUUUUUAUAUAUAAAAAAGUCUAAUACAAGCCCAGACAAACACUGAAAAAAAGAAAGAUCUACCUUUUAAGAGUCAAGGGCUUAACUAGAGCAAACACUCAUCACCAUAAUGGUGAUUUGUUGAAAUUUCAAUAUUUUUCAAUAUUAAUGGAGGGUGCAAACAUGAUAUUGAUUCAGUUAGAUUAACAUUGACAAAUCAACAAUUUUUAACAUUGUUUCAAUGGUUGCUUGCUAUCUGGAUUUGGUGUUUAGUUUCUUUUGGGGGGAGCACAUCUUUAGUUUUGGGUUUAUUGUUUUAUUAUUAUAUAAAACAUUAUUUUGUAAAUGUAAAUUAUAAGAGCAUUCCUCAUAUUUCAAUUU